ACCUCCCGACGUCAUCCCCACCACAACCACCAACAGCUCCAAGCCGCGAGGACCGCGCCUCUUGAUACUCCCGCGGCAACCUGCACAUGCAGUUCCCCAUGCGUUAACACUAUCAACGCUCGAGGCCUUGUUCCAAUAUCGAAUUCUGUUGUUUCAAUGCCUCCAAGGGUCUCCCUCGGCGCCUUCCUCGCCAACGCGAGAUCGGCCCUGACGGCUCCGCAACGGGCAAGUCCCUUGACGUUGGUCGUCGGCAACGAAUCUGCAGACCUCGACUCUCUCUGCUCUGCCGUCGUCUACGCCUACCUCCGUAGCCAUGCUGCCCCUCACACGCUCCACAUUCCCAUCUCGAAUCUACCCCGCGAUGAUCUCAAGCUUCGUCCCGAGAUGACGGCUGCCCUGGCGCACGCCAAGCUGAAGCCGAGCGACCUUCUAACCCUCGAUGAGAUACCGCAGGAUCUCGCCGCGAAGGACUCUAGAUGGCUUCUCAUCGACCACAAUGCUCUCACGGGAGACCUCGCCAAGAAGUACAGCAGCAGUGUAGUCGGCUGCGUAGACCACCACGCCGAUGAUCACAAGGUUCCGAAAGAUACAGGCGACGAGCCUCGCGUAGUCGAAAAGUGCGGAAGCUGCGCGAGCUUGGUGGUGGAGUACUGCCGCUCAGCAUGGGAGGAUCUCGCAAAGCCGGAGAACGGUGCUAGCGAUGUGGACGGGCACCUCGCCAGGCUGUCACUGGCGGCAAUCCUGAUUGAUACCACAAACCUCAAGUCCAAGGACAAGACGACCGACAAGGACACCAGCGCUGUCUCUUUUCUCGAAAAUUAUACGAGUGGACGCGACGCUUUCUUCGACGAGAUAUCCGCCGUUAAGGAAGACAUAUCCUCGCUGGGAUUCCGCGACGUAUUCCGAAAGGAUUACAAGCAGUGGGAGGAUCUAGGCGAAGGCUUUGAAGCAAGCAGCCGUCACCAGGUCAUGGGCGUGUCGGCCAUCGUCCAGAAUCUGGACUACCUCCUCAAAAAGGCUGGCGGCGAUGACAAUGUGCUUCUGGGCGAGUUCAAGAAGUGGGCCGAGGAGAAGAAGAUGGAUGUUGGAGUGAUCAUGACAACAUCACAUCCUGGUGGAAAGUUCCAGAGAGAGCUUCUCUUGUGGGCCUUUAACGAAAACGCUGUUGACUACUGCAAGAAGUUCUACCAAGUGUACAAGGAUGAUUUGGGCUUGGAGAGCUGGGGCGAGGGCAGACUUGAUCAGGUUGGCGAAGGGGAGUGGAGAAUGGCCUGGCACCAGAAGAGUCUGUCCAACUCUCGCAAGCAGGUUGCGCCCAUGCUGCGGCAGACGAUCAAGGGCGGUACCAAGCUUUGAGAUGAAGAUGUGUUGAAAAGUGCGGCACUCGAACAUGAAGCGUGGAGUUAUUAUUCGGUGGACUGCAUUGACUUGGGACACAUUACGCUAGAAUAAGCAGAGUCAAUUCUCAAAUAGGUCUAAAGGAGAAGAAGUGGACCGAAGUGUCCGCAGCCAAUGGCACUAGUUGUCUUACAUGUCAUGGAACACUUCUUAUGGGUGGAACAAAGAUUAGACGCACAGCAGAUCCUAAAAGAUCCUGUUGAGAACCCGAUAAGCUUUCAAGUUUCCAGCCGCUACCUUGCAGCUCAACAUUCAAC